UAGAGGCAAAACGUUCAUUAGUUUCAUACAAUUAUCAUAAUUCAAGUAAUAGUUAUAUUUAAGCAAAAAGAAUAUGGGAUUGAAGGCAUUUUUACUAAUUGUUUUGGCUAUUUUUCUUGUGAUAACAUCAGAGGUUGCAGCUAGGAAGUUGCUUCAGAGAUCCAUCACUUCCUCGGAAAAUGAGGUUGCAGCUAGGAAGUUGGCUCAGAGCUCCAUCACUUCCCUAGAAAAGGAACAAACAAAUGAAGAAAACAAUAAUGCCAAAUUUCUAGGAGUAGCGCUUCCACCAAUAGGAGGAGUACUUUCAGAAAUUGGAGCACCUAUUGGAUUCGAAAGACUUUCAGGAAGUGGAGAACUUAUCGAAAUUGGAGCACCUAUUGAAUCUGAAGGACUUUUAGGAAGUGGAGAACUUAUCGAAAUUGGAGCACCUAUUGAAUCUGAAGGACUUUUAGGAAGUGGAGAACUUAUCGAAAUUGGAGCACCUAUUAAAUCUGGAGGACUUCCAUGA